ACAUAUAUAAACACACACACAUAUACACACAAACAGGGCCUGCAGUUCAGAUUUCCCGGGUCAAACUAACACGUGGCCAACACGUCACACAUAGAUCAGCACCUCGGACAGCGGCGCCUGUCAAUACGCAGCAAAACUGGCUAUUUUUCCCUCACGGAAAGAAGGAUAGGAAGAAAUAUAUUCGUUAUAAGUAAGAGCGAAAACAACGACUACAUUUUAGAAACAGAUCAUUCUUAAAUUAGCAUGAUAUUCUGGAACAAGGAGCGGCAUCGGUCCGCUCUCAAAGUCAUCCAUUUCAGCGAGGCAACAAUACUAUUGGUUUUGCUCUUAAAUAUUGUAACCACAAUUAAUAUUCCUUUAAUUGUCUUCAGUUUGAAUGUAAGGCACAUCGGCGUCAUUAUGCCGCUCUGAUGUAGGAAUUCGCUGCAUUCCUUGUUUGGGUGCAACAUCUUCCCAUUGUAUGUUGUGCAGGACCAUUGCAGAACGAAAAAAAAUCAUGAUGGAUAUUCGAUGCAAAAGGGAUAUGCGUUUUUUUGCUCAUUGUCUAUGUCUCAUCCGAUCCGAUUUAAAAUGCGAACACGUUGGAUUGUGAAUCGGGUCUCGGCGGUGUUCGGAGAGGGGACGGUGUGGGACGGAUACUCAGUAGAUCCACCAGAAAAAAAUACAGAAAGGAACAGAGAAGAAUCACCAUGAUCUAAUAGCCGGGAUGCUACUCAGAGACAAACAAAGGAGAGACGAUCUGAAUUACGUUUAAUUCCAACUCUAUUUAUUCCUCAACGCUUUGGAGUAUGGUACUGGAAACGACACCCAGAUAUGGCUGUGUGGAUCUACUGAUAACGUGGUAUUGUCUGUUUUUUAAGUGCCAUUUUAUAUUUUCCUUGUUCCUCUGUCGCUCACUCUCUCACUUGCUCCCUCUCUCGCUGUCUUCUGGUUUGGAUAGCAGAAUACGGAACUGCCAAUGCAAACCUAGGGCAGUGCAUUCUAAAACCAAUAUUUAGAGCGUUACCGUGGGCAACAGGCUCUAAAAUAUUAGUAAGCUACUUUAUGAUUAUCAUUAUUAUUAGUGCAUUGAGAACCUGAGAUCGCGCCUCUGUGUUAUUUUUGGGCAGUCGAUUGAUAUUGAAAAAGAGUCUGUCCGUUCAUGGGGUAAAAGCGUGUGCCCGUUCCUCCACACUGGUUUAUACAAAUGCCAUCAGUUGAACUACCGAACGUGUUCCUUCCCUUAUGACCUCUUUUUGAAUAUUUAUUGACCGACUUUUUUCUUGCUCAGUAGUAAUACUUUUCUAUUACUCUUGAUAUUUUGUUCUUGCGAUGAUCCCGUAAGACAACAGCAUCUACUUGUUCCCCUUUGGUAGUCGCCGUCGUCGUAAUAAUAAUAAUAAUAAUAAUAAUAAUAAUAAUAAUAAUAAUACCAAUAAUAAUAGUCGAAAAAAACUGCAUCUGAAAUAUUAAGAUCAUUUAACCCGUCUUGUCAUUUUUUUUUCAGUCUAGCCCCUAUAUGCAUAUGUAGUCAAUGAUGUUUAAGUAUCGGAUCCGCAUGUUUUUCAACGAACUGAAAGUACUGGUUUUGAUGCGGUCCGGUACUAGACGGCCUGACACUGACAUAGACCCAGAUAGACGAACAACCAUGAGAGGACUCGGUAUGGGCGGCUGCGGAUGGCCGCCUUUUAGUGACUGCUCUUCCCGGGACGAUGAAGAGGAGUACUACGGGACAGACCCUCGGCCGCGGAGCCUAGCUUUCGAGGAGAAGGACCCGAAGCUGCAAGCUGGCCUAGAUGCUGUAUCGCUCACCAGCAGUACGGAGAGCAGCAUUCGCACGCCUCAGUGCCGGAUCUGUUUCCAGGGUCCCGAGCAGGGGGAGCUGCUGAGCCCUUGCCGCUGUGACGGCUCAGUGCGUUGCACUCACCAGCCCUGCCUGAUCCGCUGGAUCAGUGAGCGUGGGUCCUGGAGUUGCGAGCUCUGCUACUUCAAGUAUCAGGUUCUGGCUAUUAGUACCAAGAACCCACUACAGUGGCAGGCCAUCUCCCUCACAGUGAUCGAGAAGGUCCAGAUUGCCGCCAUCAUCCUCGGCUCCCUGUUCCUCAUCGCCAGUAUCUCCUGGCUGGUCUGGUCAUCGCUCAGCCCCUCGGCCAAGUGGCAGCGCCAGGACCUGCUCUUCCAGAUCUGCUACGGCAUGUACGGUUUCAUGGACAUCGUGUGCAUAGGCCUUAUAAUCCAUGAGGGUUCAUCAGUGUACCGGAUCUUCAAGCGCUGGCAAGCCGUCAAUCAGCAGUGGAAAGUACUGAACUAUGAAAAGGCCAAGGACCUGGGGGACCCAAUCAGCUCUAGUGGCAAGGGUGGGGGGCGGGGCUCGCGGAACAACCCCCACAGCUCGGCCAGCGGCGACAGGGGAGGGGGACGAGGCCAGCGUGUUAGGACUAUUCUCAACCACCACUGUGGCUAUACCAUCCUGCACAUUCUGAGCCAGCUGCGGCCCAGCGACCACCGGAUCAGUGCCACGUCCAACCGAGAGGUUGUCAUGAGGGUCACCACCGUAUGAGGCUGGGGGUGGAGGGAGUACACCCACGGACUGACAAGCCCAACGGCGCCCCACAUUGGCUCCCCCUGUGACAUUCAUGGCCUGAAAAGUGCAUGGAGCGGCAACAGUGAGUCCAUAGAUGGAUAUCCUGCUCCUUUUCUUAAAACAAUCAGACAAAAUGCACAUUUUAAGUGCAGAUACAUGAACAGAUUCAAAUGAAGAACAUAAUAAUGCUCACAAACAAACAAGCAAACUUCUUAACAAACUAAAGCGCGGGAGAUUUUUUUGUCUCCCCACAAGCUAGAAUACACAAAGCAUUGUCAUUUUCUCUUUUGUGCUUCUGUUUUUUUCUUUUAUUUUUUAUUUUGUACUGUUUUUUUUAUUUUAUAAGGGAAAACAUGUUAAGGGAAAUAUGAAUUGCCUGCCAUUAACAUAACCCAUGUCUUCUGUUUCCUAUGAAGCCCCUCCCACUCUCAUUGUCCAAUAUUCUGAAAGUAUUAGCAAGGAGAGAAUAAACAGGAAGAGGGAGACAGACAGAAAGUGAGGGACUUGAAUUAUCCCCUGCUCAGAGCAGCUAGGGUGCCCAUAAACCAGUACAAAUGAAAUAAAAAAAAUAAUUACAAGAGUGGAGCAGGAGGGGGGGUGCAAUAAAAGAAAUAUGAACAAUGAUAAUUGAAAUACAAACACAACUAAUCUUCUCGGCAAUAAAGAUUUCUGUACAUUUCACAGUGAACCCUGCAUGACGUUAUAGUCUUAUUCCCCUCGUCUUUCUCUCGCUCUCUCUCCCUCUCUGCCUCUUUCUCUCUGUCUCUCUCUCCCUCUCUUUUCUCUUCCUCCUCCUCUAGGGUUCACUCCAGAUUUUUUCCAUGCAUAACUUGCCUGUUUGAAUAAACUCUCUAUUCCAAUGCAUGUCUGUGAAACAGGUAUGAGAGCACUGGAGCGCAGAAGUGCCCAUUGGCAAUCACAUGUCAC